UCUAUCGAUCUAUAACUAACCCGGACACCGACCUUUAGUCUGCUCAACACCUUACUCACACAACACGACGGCGUGUCUAAUUCAUCAAAAUGACGACAAUGGAUCUUCGUGUCGGUAACAAAUACCGUAUUGGACGGAAGAUCGGAAGUGGUAGUUUCGGUGAUAUCUACCUGGGUACCAACAUUAUCUCUGGCGAGGAGAUCGCCAUCAAGCUGGAGAGUGUCAAGGCCAAGCACCCCCAGCUCGAAUAUGAAGCCCGUGUCUACAAGUCUCUUGCCGGUGGUGUCGGUAUUCCCUUUGUUCGCUGGUUCGGCACUGAAUGUGACUACAAUGCUAUGGUCAUCGAUCUUCUUGGUCCUAGUUUGGAGGACCUGUUCAACUUCUGCAACCGCAAAUUCUCUCUGAAGACCGUGCUCUUGCUGGCAGACCAGCUCAUUUCUCGCAUUGAGUACAUUCACGCCAAGUCCUUCAUCCACCGUGAUAUCAAGCCCGACAACUUCUUGAUGGGUAUUGGUAAGCGUGGAAACCAGGUCAAUGUGAUCGAUUUCGGUCUGGCCAAAAAGUACCGCGACCCCAAGACUCACUUCCACAUCCCCUACCGUGAGAACAAGAACCUCACUGGAACUGCUCGUUACGCCAGUAUCAACACUCACUUGGGUGUUGAGCAGUCCCGCCGUGAUGAUAUGGAGUCGCUCGGAUACGUUAUGCUCUACUUCUGCCGUGGUACCCUUCCCUGGCAAGGCCUGAAGGCUGCUACCAAGAAGCAGAAGUACGACCGUAUCAUGGAGAAGAAGAUGACGACCCCUACUGAGGUUCUUUGCCGUGGCUUCCCCAACGAGUUCUCCAUCUACUUGAACUACACUCGUUCCCUGCGCUUCGAUGACAAGCCAGACUACUCCUACCUUCGCAAGAUCUUCCGCGAUCUGUUCGUCCGCGAAUCUUUCCAGUAUGACUAUGUAUUCGACUGGACCGUCUACAAGUACCAGAAGAAUGCUGCCAUGAUCGUGGAUGCCAACAAGAAGGACAAGGAGGCUGAGGAGCAGCAGCGCCGUCAGGGUGUUGCUGCUGCGGCGCCCAUGGGCACCCCCGGUGCUGCCAAGCCCGGUGCCAUCUCCAGCCAGCGCCGUAAGGUCAUCGAACGUGGAACUCUUGACAACACGCCCGAAACCAACCGGGCUGUGGGAGGGAGUGACAGGAUGCUGCGUUCUGCUUCCAAGGUUGCUGCUUCAGGUGCUUAUGGCCCUGCCGGUAGCCGCGCGAAGCGGGACGAUGGGUACGGUUCUCAGUGGUACUGAUUUGUACAGCAUGGCAGUGUAGCUUGACGUUUCUUUUUUCGGUUGCCGUUCAGCUUGCUGCGUGUUGACGCCACGCUAUCUGAGGAGCCCAGGAUUACCACUAUACCGGCUAUCUUCUGCAGCCUGCAGUGAACCUUUCGGACUUAUUUCGCCUUGGGCCCCCGACUUUCCAUUUUCUUUACUAUUUCUCUCUCUGCAUUCUCUGUUAGCCCGCCAUCCCGUUCAAGAUCGUCUUCCGGUUACCGCCGUUUCGAUCCGUCGCGUUUAUU